CUAACUUGUUCUAGCUUCCGGAAAUUUAGAUGUUACUAAUACUAAUACUAUUUUAAACAAGUUGAUCUUAGCUUGAUCCUAGAACACCGGAGUGGUGUCUCCUUGAUUUGGCGAUUUUUUUUUUUUGUUGCUAAAUAAAAUAAAAUAAAAUAAAAUAUCUGCUUACCCAAUUGAAUGUUCUGUCAUGGUUUUCAAGUCUCCAGUCUGAGCCCACUGGAUUUGAUGAAAAUAGAAAAUAUGAAUCAAAUUUGACCUAUAGGCCCACAAACAGUACAAAUUAAAAGAGCACCAAAUUUAUCUUAUUUGAAAAAAAAAAGGGAGAAAAAUCUUAUCAACUUUAUUUAUAAUAUUCACCAAUCAAAUCUAAGGUUUUGAAUAACUAUUCAACUAGUAUGUGUAAAAAAAUUGACUAUAGUACCAAAUGUGACAUCUAUUUAGAUGACAUUGUAAUUUUUUUUUUCAAUGAUGAAUUUAGGGUUUAAUCAUAGAGAGGAUACAAGAUUCACUAUCCAACAAUGGUGAUGAGAACAAGAGGAUCAUAUAUCUUGGUGAUGGAAGUGGUGAUUAUUGCCCAAGCUUGAGGCUUAGAGAGAGAGAUUUCAUGAUGCCAAGGAAGAACUUUCCAGUGUGGGAUUUGAUCUGCAAAGACCCUUUGCUUCUUAAGGCUGAAAUCCAUCCAUGGAGUGAUGGGCAAGAACUUGAGCAAGUUUUGUUGCAAUUAAUCAACAAGAUCAACUCUUUGGAUGAUGAAAGCUCUCAACAAUUCAUCUCGUCAGAUUGCAAAAUGCAGACUCUAUCUGUCACUGCUCAUGAGGCUUUGCCUAAAGUUCUUCCAAAGCCAACAUCUCAAUCUGGUGCAGUUGCCUCACCACCUCAAGCACGUGCUCAGAUUCGCAACAAUGGUAGAAAACUCCCUCUCCGAGUCUUGGCUGUGCUGUCUCCACGUCCUCCGCAUGUGCCACGGCAACCAUAUCUUCACCUGCUGCCUCUCAGUUCUCAACAUUGCUUAAGCACUCUAAAUUCAUAUGUCAAAUUUUAACUUGGAAUCUUUCCUAGUGACAGCUUUUUCGUAUUGGUAAUUUUCUUCCCAAGAUUGAAACCAAUUGAAAUAAAAAGAGCUGGUGACUGAAGAAAUUAGGAUUCUCCAUUAUUAUUAGUGAAGCUGAUUUUUUAUUUUUUUUUGAAUUGAAAGAGACAAUGAUGAUGUUACAUGCUUCUAUUAGAUUAGGGCGUGGCAGGUACAUGUAGAUUUGGAUGGUGUUGUCGUUCUUAGGUGCUAGCCAAAUAGAUGUUGGACAAAAAAAAUAAAUAUGUUUAGUUAGUGAUUAAUAAAAGAGAAAUCUAUCAACUCUUCCAAA